AACUGCGACAACCGAAGAACCAAUUGCAUCUUGUCACAUAACGCGUUAUCACCAGAACUGAGCAAAUAUGGGAGAAAGGGGGUACAGUUUCUCACUCACCACAUUCAGCCCAUCUGGUAAACUGGUCCAGAUUGAGUAUGCCCUGUCAGCAGUAGCAGCAGGAGCCCCCUCAGUGGGAAUCAAAGCGUCAAAUGGAGUCGUUUUGGCAACCGAGAAGAAACAGAAGUCUAUACUGUACGAUGAGACGAGUGUUCACAAAGUCGAGAUGAUAACCAAACAUAUUGGCAUGGUCUACAGUGGGAUGGGUCCAGACUACAGGGUGCUGUUGAGGAGAGCGAGGAAACUGGCCCAGCAGUACUUCCUGGUCUACCAGGAGCCAAUCCCCACAGCCCAGCUUGUCCAGCGGGUAGCCUCUGUCAUGCAGGAGUACACACAGUCUGGUGGAGUGCGACCCUUCGGUGUGUCACUGUUGAUAGCUGGAUGGGAUGAUGACCACCCUUACCUCUUCCAGUCAGAUCCCUCUGGUGCAUACUUUGCAUGGAAAGCCACCGCGAUGGGAAAGAACUACGUCAAUGGGAAAACAUUCCUAGAAAAGAGAUAUAACGUGGAUCUGGAGCUGGAAGACGCAAUCCACACAGCAAUCUUAACCUUGAAGGAAAGUUUUGAGGGUCAGAUGACAGAAGAUAACAUUGAGGUGGGAAUCUGCAACGAGGCAGGUUUCAGAAGACUCACCACAGCAGAGGUCAAGGACUACCUGGCAGCCAUUGCAUAAAAUGCCCCCUCCAUGGGGGUCUGUUGGCAUGGACUCAUUCAGAUCAGCUGAAAACACAUACCAAUACAGGUUUUUUGCAGUUUAGCAGAUUACUACAAUUUGUCGUUUUUUUUCUCCGGUUAUACCUAGUCACAUACUACUAAUAAAAUACGAUUUAUGUAAUAA